AUAAUCUAAUAUAGUAUUUACUAUUGUGAAUACUUAACAUAAUAGUCAUUGUAAUAUUUUUAUUAUUAUUUUGCUUCCAGUAUGAUCGACUUUAUUAUUGAUUGGUGACAUUUAAUUUAAUAUAAUUGUGACGUGAAAAAACCUGAUGUCUGUUUGUAUUGCAUAUUUGGUGUUUCUGAACCAAAAAAAAUUUAUAAAGUAUUUAAAUAUCAUGGCUGUUAAAAUGGCCGCAAGUGAAGCUGGCGGUGUUGUUGCGUCAGCUACAGCAUCUGAUUGGGAUACCAGAGAGUCAAUGCGUCAGCGUGAAUUAGAUGAAGCUAGAGCACGAGCAACACAAAUGGAGAAAACAAUGCGAUGGUGGUCUGAUUGUACAGCUAACUGGCGUGAAAAAUGGAGCAAGGUAAGAAAUGAAAGGAAUAAAGCUCGAGAAGAAGCUAAGAUGCUUAAAGAUAAUUUAGAACACGUACUAAAAGAGAACAGUAAUAUAAAAAGAGAAAAGCAAAAUCUUGAGCAACAGAAUGAAUGCUUGCGCAAAGAAUUAGAAAAAGUCAAUCUAAUUCUUUUAAAACAUGCGGGACAAUGGGAUUCUCAACUGGUUGAUGCAUUAGAAAAUGGUAUUUCUGAUCCAGAUACUUGCUGUAGUUCCUCAUCUAUACCUCAGCCAUCGAUUGUAAGUGAUUCUGGUAUUGAGGAAUAUGUCUUACAAGAAGCAGUUCCGAAACAUGCAGUUGAAAUGUUCAAUCAAACAACUUCUCCCAUCAAAUCACCAAUUCCUAAUAAAACCAUGUCUGAUGAAGUUGCUGAUAAAAUUGAGAAAAAUUUGGAAAAUCUGUUAGAAAGCACUCAACAAGAUUUAAACAAUUUGCACAAUCAGUUGUCAGGUGCAGAUAGUAUUCAAUCAGAAUGCCAAACUUGUCAAGAUAAUCAGGUUAUUACAAACAAACGUUUAGAAGACUUAAGAAUACAGCUAGAACACUUACAAUCUGAGAAUGAAAUUGAAUGGAGCAAAAGAGAACAGCUAGAAAGUGAAAUGAUGAAUUUGGAAAGAAUUAAUAAGCAAUUAAAAUCUGAACUGAAUGACACACUAGAAAAAUUGCAGAAACAGAGUAAACCUGAAUCAUCAUCUGACAUCAAAUUUAGAUUACUGCAACAAGAGUUAGCCGAUAAAAAUAUUGAGUUAGUCAAUUUAAAACACAUUCUAUCCAAACAAAAGAAAAUGUAUGUUGAUCAAAGUGCUGAGUCAGCGCAUUUAGUAAGGCGUGGUGAGCAAUAUGAGAAUGAAGUUAAACGUUUAAGAAGCCGGGUAGAAGAAUUAAAAAGGGAAUUAGCUACUACAGAAGAAGAUUAUGAUACUGCUUCAAAUACUAUUAAGAAACUUCAAAGAUAUAACGAAGAUUUACAAGAAAAACUUGAUAGCUUACAGGCUGAAUUAAAACAUCAAAAUAUAAGAUUGACACGUUUGACAAGUCAAGUAUCUUCAGAUGAUUCAAGUCAUAGUGAUGAAGACUGAAUUUCAGCUAAUAAACCUGCAUAAAUGUUUGUUACUUAUUGGUGAAAAAACUACUUAAAUGUUUUAUUUCUUGUGUAAUAUAUUUUUAGUCAAUUAAUAAAAUUAAUAAUUUGUAAAGAUACAA